AUGCUUCCGAUGAAUUCACUGAAGCCUGCGAAAUCGUCACAGUGUGUACUAGAAGAUAUGGUGCCAGCGGUCAUUGGAAAAUACUCAAGAGGCAUGUUAUUAGGCGAAACUGAACUUGGCUUGUUAUAUAGUGGAUAUAAUACUUCGACAAAGGAAAUUGUGUCAAUCAUCUUAGUGACUGAUCAGAUGUAUAACGGAGGUGAUGACUACUUGUUGAAAACAGUUGAAUACCUCUACGACAAAGACGUGAAAGGGAUCAUUCAGUACCGAGACGUCGUACAAGUCGAGGGAGGGUUCACGUUCAUCAUCAUAGACUUCUAUGCUCUUGGACAACUUUCGGACUACGUCAACAUGUUUGUGCUCUUCCCGGAACAUAUAGUGAAGAUCAUCGCAAUGCAAUUUGUGAACACGCUGGAGGCGCUUUCAAAUGCUCAUGUCAUAUAUGACAAACUCUCUCUGAUUAACACCUUUAUUAAUUCCAAAGGAGUAUUGCAAUUAAUCGGAUUACUCCCUCCCUCUGUGAGAAAGUCGCAGAUCUGCACACCAAAGAAAUUUGUGCAGCAGAAUAGAAAAUCGUUGAUUAACUCUCCGACGACCAGUAGAGACUCGUGGAACUUAGGAAUUGCAUUGAUCGAGUUACUCACUGGGAGAGUUUUCUGUGGGACGGAGAGCUGCGCGCAAGAUGUAAUCAAAGAGACUGAUUUUCCACAAGAGGUUUCUGAUGAAUGCAAACAGUUUUUGAUGUGUUGUAUGGAUGAAGUGCCCAUGGGGAAAGUGAGUUUUGAUACACUAAAGAAUCAUCCAUGGCUUGAAGAUGUGUCGGAACUCCACUCGGAAAUAUUAAUGUUUUUAUCGGAGUUUCUUGAGAAGACUCCACCUUAUGAUAACUAUAAGAUCGACCCAGAAGCUAUGAAACCCGGAGUAUCUUUUGUGAAUGUGUGUCCUUCAAUGAAACUUGUAACGGAUGACGAAAUUAAAGAUUACGAAACGAUUUCGGACUUGUCGUUGACAUACGUCAUUUUGAAUAAAAUAGUCGAGGAUGUUUGCACAUCAGAGACGUUUGAAGAGGACCAAAAAGAAGAUUUGACGUGCUUGGUCGAAGAGAUACAGAAGAGUCUCCAAUCGACCGAACUCAAAGUGGACAAAAAACCCUCGGAGAUCUCGAUGAGUAACUUUUCAAGUACAUUAGAAAAUCAGGCGAAGCGUAUAUCCGUCAUUCAAGAGCAAGUCCAAAAUUAUGCGGAGCGAAAUAAAGUUGCUGUUCAAGAGAUUGAGAAGAUCCAAGCGUUUUUGAUGGGGACGAAGAGUGGAGUGGAGUUACUAGCAAAUGCAUUAUAUGGUCGGAUAGGCCCCGACCGUCUUAAAGGUGAGAAAGAAGGCGUUUUGUGUUAUUUACAUCAAAAAGAUGACAAAAGCGACAAGAAGAAAGGGAAGAGUGUUACUGAAAAGAUAUCAGAGAAGAAUUGGAAGAAAGUCUUUGUGAUUCUGAAACACACAUUUCUCUUUGUCUUUAAGUCGGCAGAGGACCCAACGUUGAUCGACGUCUUCCUCUUCCAACAAGGUCACGCCAAACCACUUCAAGACAAAUUUGAACGGAAAUUCACAUUUGGUGUGGAGAGUCAUAUUUUUGCUGCGAAUGACGACGGAGGCAUGAACGAGUGGACAAAAGCUCUCAACAACGCGACAAACUGGUAUGCCAUUUGA